UUGAAGCAGCGUCCGGAGGAGACCAGCAGCAGAAAACCGACCUGAGUGCGAUAUGAACGGUUCUCAGCUCACGGAGCUCCCGGACGACUCAGAGCAGCUGAGGCCGCAUGUGGUGAGCCUGAGGCGGGCAGCCCUGCAGGCCGAUGAUCUGUCCGCUGUGGAAACGUUUUCCGACGGCUUCCUCAUCAGAUUCCUCCGCGCCAGAGACUUUGACCUGACGCUCUCUCUGAAGGUACAGAACCUGCGUCUCCCAGCUGGAAGCCCAGCCAGCAGGAAGGUCUUGUUAUUAGAUGGGUGUAUGUGUGCGUGGUCUUGGCCUUUGUGUUGUCAUGUGAUGAAAUGGGGACCGACCCAGGGUGCACUCUGUCUCUCACCUAUUUGCAGUUACAUUUAUCCAAAAGAACUAAUGCUACAUGUCCUUUCUGCAGGGCAGUGGAACCCAAAAGAUUGGUCAGCCUUCCAGGUGUUCAGGGUCAGCCUGAUGACAUCAGAAAUCAUCUCCAGGGAGACAGAGACACAGAGGCGAGGUUUGAAGGCGAUAUUUGACCUGAAGGGGUGGAGUUUGGGCCAUGCCCUGCAGAUUAACCCUUCCCUUGCCAGAAAGAUAUCCUCUGUGCUUUCGGACUCUUUUCCACUAAAAGUCAGAGGAAUUCAUUUGGUUAAUGAGCCGAUGUUCUUCCGUCCAGUCUUCGCUAUGAUCCGUCCCUUUCUACCAGAUAAGAUCAAACAGAGGGUUCAUAUGCAUGGUACAGACUUUCACCGUACUUUAAGUGACUUCUUCUCACCAGAUGUUCUCCCUCCAGAGUAUGGAGGAGAGGGUUUGGGAAUAGAAGAAGUCUGUCAGGCUUGGACCCAGGAACUGUUUCAAUCUGAGAGCCUCUUGAAACAGAUUGCUUCCCACCCAACAGGAGACAUUUCCACAAAUACCGGAGACGCUUUGAUCUCACAGGAAAAUGAGACAAUGACACUCACCGAAGGCUGAUGUUUGGGACCGUGAUAACUCGGUUGUGUUGGUGUAAAAUGGAUAGAUAAGUUGUUGGCUGGGUGACAGCAUGACUAAAGUCAGAUCUGCUUUAUACCUUUCAGGACCAAAUCAUCUGAGUGAUGGUAUGUUUUAGUGAAGUUUACUUUUGAAUUAACAGUCUUCUUGUUACAUUUUUAGUUCAAAUUCUGAUCAAGAGGAUGAAGUUGCAACAAAAUUACUCCGAUAAACAUCAACUAGAAGAUGUUGAUGUCAGGAUUAUGUCUGGGCAGCCUGGGAUUAAUCUCAGGUCCAGAAAGUAAAGCUACUAUUUCUGAUUCUCAUUUGAUGCACUAAUAAAGUAUUUAGGUUUUUACACCUGGUUGGCUUUGAACCACACAGUUAUGGAAGUCUCAAACGCUGAACUCUGUCCAGUCUGUUAUACCUGGAGGAAGCUUGGUAUACAAUCUGCCUCAAUCUUCAAUGUUAAUAACAAUUGAUUUAUAUCCAAGUCACUUUCUAAUGCAAAUGUGACAUGUUAAAAGAACAGAAAAUAUUAUGUUAAAAUGUUAAAAGAACAAUGUCAUUUUCUUCUUGAAACUCUAGAGAAGAGAACAAACUUGUCUGUUCUUGAAUAGCCCUGCUCUCAUAUGCUGUUAGCUUGAACUUCUACAAAAAUAAAAACCUUCAUCAGACAGAAUCUUUCCACCAAAUUUAAGUUUUCAACUGCUGUUUCAGUCAGUGCUUUUAAUAUGAGUCUGUGAAAUGAAGGUGUGAACUUUAAGAUUAGCACCCUGUUAUCUAAAUUUAAAACUUCUUUUCAAAUAAGAUUGGAAGUUGUUGUCCAGUUGUAUAGCAGAGUUGGCUAACAAAGACUGUGUUUACUAGGAAGCCUCCACACUUUUCAAUUCGUUUUGAGGUAUAUGUGAUGAUGAUGAUAAGUUUAAAAUGGAAAUAAGAAAAUAAGACACUUUAUAAGUGUUGUGACUGGGCAACCAUCAGUCACUAAUAAUGUUAAUUAGCAGUAGCUGUUCAAAACAGAGACCCAGAUGGAAAAAGCCACUGUUCAUUUGUGCACUGAAAGCACAAACGAAAAAAAAAAUUCAGAAAAAAUAUUACAAUAUUUACCAAGAAUAUUGCAAAGUCAG